GAUGUUUAACCAAGUCAAUUACAAUCACAGUUCCUACUUAACAGUGCACAUUGAACGUACUCGUCAGGUGUCAUCUUUGAGAUUUCUUUGAUAAUAAACAAAAUCAGCUGCUGGAGAGCACCGGCACACACUGACCGUCAAAAUUAUUGACGAUGAGGACUUUUUCAGUGCUUCAAGCGAUGCAGCAGCCCAACUUGCUAUCCAAGUUCCGUGGGUCUGUCCUCGGCGGUCUCGUAGGGGACUGCUGCGGGGAGCCCUACGAGGGCCAGGUGCUUACAGACGGCGACAAAGCCAUUCUUCGUAGAAGUUUGAACCAAUUGGAGGGACCGUAUUUUAAAGCUCCCGCCAAGAAGUACACGGACGACUCAGCAAUGACGAGGUCAGUGAUCCGCUGCUUGAUUGAGCACAAGGACAUCAACACGAAGGAGCUGGCCACGAGUUUUGUCAAGGAGCAUGCGGCGGAACCAAACCGUGGAUACGGAGGCGCCGUGGUGGAAGUCUUUCGGAAGCUGCUGAAAAACAAAUUCACAGACAUCGUGGGGCCGGCUCAGGAGCAAUUCCUGGGGAGGGGCUCGUAUGGCAAUGGAGCUGCGAUGCGAGUGUCACCCAUUGGAUUGUUUUGCUAUAACAAACCUGAAAAGCUUGUCGAGCUGGUGAAGAAAUCUGCAGAAAUCACACAUAGUCACAGUCUGGGCAUCAACGGAGCUGUCCUCCAAGCAGCUGCAGUAAAUAUCUGCGUUCAAAAGGACCCCAAGACAUUUUUCCAUGACGAAUUUCUCAGCGAACUUAUCCCGAAAAUGCAAGAACUGGAAAAGGAGUCGGAAGUGCCCGGUAUCAAAGCGUCUGGUCCUAAUUUUACCCAACAAUUGAAGGAAGUCAAAACCUUACUUGACUCGCCCAACCCAUUGUCGGAAGAUGAAGUCCUCAAUGCACUGGGCCACGACGUUACUGCGAUUUAUUCGGUUCCCACCGCUAUCUUCAUUUUUCUGAGGGCGCAGGGGCCUAUCGAAGGCAUCCAGUCGGAAAAUCCCUUCCGGCGAACUCUGGAAUACGCAAUAUCUCUGGGCGGAGACACGGACACCAUCGCCAGCAUGGCUUGCUCGCUGACGGGGGCGCUGCAUGGCGACAGUCUGAUACCGGAAAACCUCUUGAAGCACUGCGAGGCGCACGGGGAAUUUAUAGAAUUAGCAAAUAAAUUGUACGAAAGUAGCAUUUAGCGAACCGAAAAUA